AUAUCAUCCAUUCAUAUAUCUUUUUCAGUUCGGAACAAACUACCUGCUGGGCCCGAAUCCCACUCCACGCUGCUGUCAUCGAGUAUCGACAAUCCCCUCGUAAGUAAGCAUUUGUCUAUUCUUCUUCAGUUUUUCUUGCUGUUUUUAUGUUUGAUUGCAAUUCCAAGUUAUUUUGCCGAUAAAUCCUUCAAAUGAUGAAAAACUCCAUCUCCGUUGUUUUAUUUUUGAUUCGAAUCAUGGCUGUUUGUUUAUUCUGUUUCGAAUUACUCGCAUUUUAUUGAAGCAAACUUAUCGACAAUGUGAAUUUUGGUUUGAUCCGACCUUUUCUUGAACGAAGCAUUUUUCUUUUGGAACUAUGAGGGAUUUGUUUUUUAUGCACUGCUGGUGAUUUAUCAGGCAAGAGUUCUGAGAUCUAGGCGGUUUAAGUCUUAGUGAGUAAACUUUCGUGCUAUUCAUUCAAGAUCAUAAUUGCGUGAUAUUUGAUUUUCUAUGGAAAAUACUAAGGACAUUAUAUUCGAUUGGAGAAGUCAAAUCUUUUGAUUUUUGUUUAUCGAUGCACUAAUUAUUGCUUGAUGUUUGAUGCACUCAUCAUGUCUUAAAUGCUAUUUGUUCAAGAUCAUAGUUGAUGUUUGAGGUCCUGUUCACAAUAGUGAAGAAAUUCAGGUGCAGUAUGUUCAAGAUCUGAAUUCGUAAUGGUGUAGUAUGUUUAAGAUCUUUGAAAAUACAAAGGAAAACCAAAUUUGAUCAAUGACGAUUUGAGUUAUGAUGAGGAAAGCUUAAGUUUAGUUUGUUUACGAUCCGAAUUCUUGAUGAUGUUAGUUAUAGAGAGUAAACUUAUGGUGUUGUUUGUUUAAGAUCAGAUUACUUGUUCAUUGAAUAGGCUGGAAUGUGAUCCUACAUAUGACUCAAUCAGAUAUGGUUUUUUUGCCCCAAUUUUUUUUUACAGAAGAUCGCCUCAGAUUCUUGAAAAUGAUUUUCUUUGAUUUUGAGGAUUCUUUGACAUUUUUUCACCAUGAACACAUUGAUUUUUCAAUCAUGUAACUGCGUUCUACAUUCAAUAAUCUUAUUCCAGACAGACAGGUUUUAAUAGAAAAAAGAACUAACUCUCUCGAAUUUUGAUUCAUGUGUGCAGAAACUUCUUAUCUCCUUUCCUCACUGAUUAGGGUUUACCCGGUUUCCUGGUUUGAAUAUCUCUUCUUCUAAUUCCUUUUUUCGCUUUCUUUAUUUAAUUUGUUCAUAGACUUGUCUUUUUUUCUUCAAUUUCAUUAUUGUUUUACACAACGUCGAAUUAUUGUUCUACACCCACUCUGUGUUUGUUAUCUAGAGGUCUAAUUACUUAAAUGUUUUUAAGUCGAACUGAAGAUGAUUCUGCUGUUACCGGCAGACAUCAGAGAUGGCUACAACAACGGUUGAUCUUCAAAUCAUCCCAUUACAUAACUGCACCAAAUGUAUAAGAAAGGUCGAAAAGACACUUUGUCGGUUUGAUGGUGUCAAAUUGUUAGAUGUGGACUCUGAAAAUGGGAAAUUCACCAUCCAAACUACUAGACACCCUGAAGAAAUCAGGGAUGCUCUUCAACGCAAGUUUUCUGGGAAAUCCGUCAUUCUGUCCAAAAGAAUCGACCAUUUGGAUCCAUUAUCUACUUUGAUCAACCCCCGUAAUUCGUCCAUUGAAGGUCCCCUCAAUCUUCAUGAUUUAGCGGAGGCAUUGGUGACGGUAUGUCAUGCCAAUGGACUGCAGACUGUGGAGAUCACGCAAUCGAAUACCAUCAACUUCACCUUUGGCAACCAACUAACCACCUCUGCAUCAGCUACAAAUGUUCCGCCACCAGCACCACCACCACCACUGCCGCAAUACCAACCGACAACUUCUGGAUCAGCAAGGAGACCUGAAAAUAUUUGGGAUUCUGAAGAUGGUGGUCAUGGAUAUGUUAAUGUUCCUCCACCGCCACCGCCACCGCCACCGCCACCGCCACCGCCACCACCACAAUAUCAAGGGACUACCUCUGGAUCAGCAUGGGAAGAUGAGAAUGUCUGGAGUUAUGGUGGUGCUCGCAAUGAAGAUGUCUGGGGUUAUGGUGGUACUCGCAAUGAAGAUUUUGGUUAUGGAUAUGCUCCUCCACCGCCGCCACGAACCACCACCGAGCCAUCAGCAGCUCCACUGUUCCCCCGGGCUCAAGUUCAAGGCUAUGUUUAUGGGUAUCCUAUUGAGCUGUACAGGGACGAUGACUAUUCAUGUGGCUGUUGUACCAUCCUUUGAUAUCCAUGACUUUUCAUAUUGUUUCAUCUUAUACAGAGCUAGUGAAGUGAGUGAGAGUGCGAGCUAUUUAUUAUUUGAAAGUGAGGUUUGUUUAAAUUUGUUAACCCCCAAAUGAUCAAAAUCGAAAUUUACCUCUAAACACUUGUUUUCUUGAAA